AUGAAUGUUACUACCCGCUCCCGAACGGGCCUCUUUCUUUCAUAUCGUGACUCUCGAGCUCCAUCCUCUAAAUUCUCUCGAAAAAUCAGCACUUAUGAUGAACCGGACACUGCUUUGGCCGACGAGCACGAAGGCCUCAUUGCAAACACUCACCACGCGGUUGACCUUGACUUGCCUCCAAAAUGGGUAGACAUAUCCGAGCAGGUACAGCUUAUUCUAAUGGAUACGCAGGCCAAAAUUGCUGCUCUCGAAAAACUACAUGCCAAACAUGUUCUUCCCGGAUUUGCGGACCGGUCACUUGAGGAGCAAGAGAUAGAAGCGGCAACCACCGACAUUACAAAGGAAUUUCGACGGUGUCAAUCUUUGAUUCAACGAAUCAGCGCUCCCUCAUCUCACUCGUUUCCUCCGUCCCAUUCCGAUGCCAACAAGUCCAAGUCCGAAAUACAGGCAGCAAAGAAUGUUCAACGUGGUCUUGCGGCCAAAGUACAAGACCUCAGUGCUACAUUUCGGAAGAAACAGCGCGUGUAUAUGGAAAAGCUUCAAGGUCAUGCGAUCAAGAAUCAAGACUUGUUGCUUGCCUCUGGGACCAUUUCGCUUAAAGGCUCGGCAGGCAUGAGUGCGGUAGAUGAAGAUGUUGAAGCUGCGACGCACACCCAGUCACUUUCAUUCCGUCAGGCGAAUCCAACUAUCGACGUUCAAACACGCGACCGCGAAUUGAGCGAAAUUGCAAAAUCUAUUGCAUCGCUCGCCGAACUUUUCAAAGAUCUUUCUGUCCUCGUCAUAGACCAGGGGACACUUUUGGAUAGUGUCGAAUAUAACAUUGAACAAACAGCGAUACAGGUUAAAGAUGCCGUUCAAGAACUAGAUAUUGCAACGAGGCAAAAUACCGGGCGACGGAAAUGCAUAUUCCUUCUUUUCCUCAUGAUUUUUGGUCUCAUUAUCGUUAUCAUCUACAAGCCUAAACACCAUUCCUUACCACCUGAGCCUUUGACUUCAACGCCUGUCGUCGCAUUGCGCUCCAAUUCCCGCCCUUUCCGAAGACGCUUCCUCAUCUCACCUGUUGCCUGA